GUAAGACUGGAAUUUUUAAAGCUUGCCUAUGGUCAGUUUUUCAAAGAUGAUCCGUUAGUUCAAAACUUUUUCUGGAAGCGAACAAGUUGAGCGUGGCUUUAAAAAUAAAACCCUGAAAAUGUGCGACUACCAGAGAGAAUACUCCUUUAUUUUUGAUGACAGCUCCUGCGAGGGAGAUGUAUCAAUGACCACUCAUGUGGACAGUGGAUUCGAGUCCUUGUGGCAACAGGUUGGCGAGGAACUGCGAAGGGAGCGGGAAAUGAACGAACUCGGUCAGCUUUUCCAGCAAAACCUGACUUUGAGUCCUCCAACCUACGGCGAUCAAUGGAGGUUUUAAUGGAUUAACCCUCCAAAGUCAGCUCCUUGUGAUAUUUGUAUUAAAUAGAUUAUAGAUUAUAACAGAUCAAUAGCCACAUAACUGGCUUUCGUUACAGCAUUUUUGAUAAAUGCUCGUACUUUUUACCAUAUAUAACUACCAAAUCCAAAAAGAGAUUAUUGUAUACUUUUGUUCAUGAUUAGUUUAUGAAGUCAACUUGUCCGUGUUUUCAAAUGUUUGCUGUCGUGAAAAAUCGCUUUGUUUUGUCACGUCGCUUUACCAAAUAAUCAGAUUGUACCAAACACACAUUAUUGUCCUAGAUCUUAAAAUGGCAAUGGAUUGCCUUCGAUAUUGAAAAUCACAUAAUGUAUACAAGAACAGAGAGGGAAGCUCGAAUUUGUCAAAUCCCUGCUCAAAACUAAUAAAUUAACAAUGUACAAAGGUU